AUGUACAUAAUACUCGCCUACAUACUAAUUCAACUGAUCACAAACCCGAAAUUCCUGUUGGCGCACACUACCGAAAUGGAGUUAACCAACACUACUGUUGAACCAGUCACUUGGCUCCCCGAUUGCAAUAGUGAUGAGAAGAAUGUUUGUAUUUGUUAUGGCAAUGGCACACUAUAUAGUAUUGUUACCGGCGGAGUCUAUAAUAUUGAAAUCUACUUUUCUUCAAGAUUCCGGGAACUGUUUUUUUCAAUUUCGAAACCGCUGCAUAAUCUCCGUAGGCUAGACUUAAGUCAGAACCGAUUGCAAACUAUUUGGCGCACUGAGACUACCGUCACUACAACGCCAAGGCCACUGAAAAUUUUUCAAUACAGCAAUAUAGGCAUAAAUUUGACUUUAGCCGUUUGUUUUAAUUAUAUCGCAAAGUUGCAACCAGAAAAGUACAAAGGUAGCGAGCUUAACAUAACAGUAAUCAAUUUAAGUGGCAAUCGUUUGCGCGAAUUCACUUUGGAUUGGCUUGUAGCAUCGCACAUUACUUGCCAUUUUGAAAUAAACCUAGAGCACAAUUUGAUUAAAAACAUCUUUGCUUUACAUGACUUCUCCAGUACAACUAACGAUUGUGCGCGCGAAAUCAAAUCGACAGGCAAUCCGGUCGUGUGCGAUUGUGCAUUUGCUUGGAUUUACAGUGGAAACUAUCGUUCGCUGUUCAAUGGUUUACAUUGUGUUCAGGCGUCAACCAAACUUAUAAAAGAUCUGAAACAUAUUCAACUGUGUGCUAGGAAACCGGUAAUGUGCCCCAACAAAUGCAACCUAUCGCCAAGAAAAUUUGUGAAAUUGCUAGUUAAUCGAUUUAGCGCCUCAUAAUCCGAGACACACUUUUAGUUAUUAAGUUUAAAAAACUGCUUCACAUUUAAAGCCAUCGUGCAAUAGGUAAAUUAUUUCAUCGGUAUUGUCCAUCUAACCUUUUGUUUGAUAAAAAUUAGAUUAUUUUUAUAUCACCCAAAAAAAAGAUUUUUUUUUUUUUUUGAUACAUACUACAAGUAUGUAUGUAGGGCAUUCAAGGGGUUGAAACCAAACUUGUUAU